AGGCAAAGGUUGUCAGGUUUGGUAUUAAGUACCUCUCCUUCCUCCAGUUAUAUGCUUGCGUUGGCUGUUCUUCCCAAUCACUUGUGAGAGUCUUGUUUGCAGAAUUUGAAAAACUUAACGUAAAAAGCAUGCUGCGAAACAGAGUUCUUGCGUUCUUGCUGCUUGCAACUCAGCUCUUGGUGGAGAUACCUGGAACGAGUGCGAAAGUAGCAGCACUUAUAGUAUUCGGGGACUCAACAGUGGACUCAGGGAACAACAACCAGAUCUCUACGGUUCUAAAGAGUAACUUCCAGCCGUAUGGCCGGGACUACUUUGACGGCAAAGCAACUGGGAGAUUCUCAAAUGGUCGGAUAGCUCCAGAUUUCAUUUCUGAAGGUUUAGGACUCAAGAACGCAGUCCCUGCUUACCUAGAUCCAUCAUAUGACAUUAAAGACUUCGCCACUGGUGUCUGUUUUGCUUCAGCUGGAACAGGCCUAGACAAUGCAACCUCUGAUGUGUUAUCUGUGAUGCCGCUUUGGAAGGAAGUGGAGUACUACAAAGAGUACCAGACCAAGCUAAGAGGCUACUUGGGUAAAGAUAAAGCUAAUGAAGUUAUCAGAGAAUCACUUUACCUGAUUAGUAUCGGAACCAACGAUUUUCUUGAGAAUUACUAUCUUCUUCCUCGCAAGUUGCGUAAGUACUCUGUUGAUGAGUACCAAAACUUCCUGAUAGGACUCGCUGGAGAGUUCUUGACAGAUAUUUACAGACUCGGAGCUCGUAAGAUGUCUUUCUCUGGACUAUCUCCUUUUGGAUGCUUGCCACUUGAAAGAACAACACAGAUCUUUUAUGGAAGCAAAUGUAUAGAAGAGUACAACAUUGCUGCUAGAGACUUCAACACCAAGAUGCAGGAUAAAGUAUUUAAGUUGAACAAAGAGCUGAGUGGAGUCCAGCUUGUAUUUUCAAACCCGUACGACUUGGUUUCAGACAUCAUACACCAUCCCGAAGCAUUUGGUUUUAAUAAUGUAAGGAGUGCAUGCUGCGGAACUGGGUACUAUGAGAUGAGCUACUUGUGUGAUAAAAUGAACCCUUUCACAUGUACUGAUGCGAGCACGUAUGUGUUUUGGGACUCGUUUCAUCCAACAGAGAAGACGAACGAAAUCGUAGCAAACCAUAUUCUGAAGUAUGAUUUAGCUCGGUUUCAGUGAUAAAUAAAAGUGUCAUUAAUCCAAGCAGAAUGUUUUUUACCUACUACUACAUUCUUUCUCCUACAUGGUACCAAUGUCUUAGUCAAGGUUCUUGAUAUCUCGUCAAGCUUCUAGAGUGUUGUAUAAGAACCAUUUUAAUCGGUGGCCGUAUAAUUAUCUUAAACAUGCUC